AUGGAGGAUGAAAGCGUGGGUAGUUUUACUGCUUUAUCCUCAUGUUUAAUUCAUUUUCGUGGCAAAACAGGAGAUUUGUGUAAAUUAACAUGUCAUACACUUGUGAAAAUAAAAGAAUAUUGUGAAAAAUGGAUUAAUUUGGAUGGAGAACCAAAAGAAAUUGCCGAGAAAAUUAUCGAUGUCGUGCGAUCAUGGCCUGACAACGAGCCAGAUGUUCUGCCUACAGAAGCUGCUGACUUUCGCUAUCACAAAGAGUGCUACGUUAGGUUUUGUGACAAAAAAUAAAGUGGCUAGAAGUAUGUAGAAAAAAGAGAAGGUCCCAGUGAGAGAUGUAAAAGAGCAAAGCAUGUCAAAAACUUGCUCGGAAAAACGUUGUUCUUCCAGAAUAGCGUCAUUUGUAUGCGCUUCCACUUCGACACAACCUUCGACUAGUACAAACACGGAAAGGCGAAGCAUUCAUGUCCUUCCCGUACAGUGCAUCAUAUGUAAAAGAAAGGACGCCUAUAUAAUGGAUAAGGUACAGGUAUUCCAUAUUAUGUGCAUGUUUAUAAAAGUAUAAAACGGGUAAAGUUUAAUACAUCAUUGGAGUAUUUUAAUUAUAAAACUCUUACGUGGACUAACAUUAUAUGUCUGUGAGAAUGAUCAAUGCCACCAUAUAUUAACAGUAGCUACCAAUGAUGCUUGUGUCAUUGUCGAAAGAGUCCCCGAACUUGCUUGUGACCAUGAGGAGGCUGACACAAGAAUGCUGCUGCAUGCAUCACAUGCAACGAGAUACAUCAAUGUGCUGGUCCGCAGUCCAGAUACUGAUGUGUUUGUCUUGUUACUACAUUUUUCUCUCACUAUUUCAGCCAAGUUAUAUUUCCUAACAGGAGUGAAAGAUUGUACCCGAAUACUUGACAUGGAGUAUAUUGCCCAGCAAUUAGGAGCAGAAAAAUGCAAAGCCUUAAUUGGAUUUCAUUUCUUUACUGGUAAUGUAUACACAAUGUAUCAUAAGAUUAUAUUUACUGUACAUGGCCAUGUCGAAAGAGUUCAUGCUUCACCCCAACCCACUAAGGAAUUUUUGCUAUCCAGCCUGAGGGGUGCUAUUCUUUUUAGUAAAAUAUGCAGCAAAAUGACAUGUGAAGGGGGAAAAAAUUAGCGUCAAAUAUUUUUCUGUGGGAAGUAUAAGUAAUUCUGAAAGGUUGCAAAUUUGUUAAUUUUUAGGAUGUGAUUCAACGAGCUCGUUUUAUGGUUACAGUAAGGUAUUUUCCUGGAAUAUCCUAUUGCAUGAUCCAACAUCUGUGGCUACAUUGACCUCCCUUGGAACUGAAUUUUCCUUUGAUGAGCAGUUUGAAAAGGAAAUAGAAGCAACAGUAUGCAAAUUAUACAAGGCAAAAAGUGAAACCAGUGUCAACGUUUUACGUUACAAUAUGUUCCGACUUGCAAAUUUUCUGAUUCUUCUCUGCCACCAAACAAAGAUUGCCUUCUUAAACAUGUCCAAAGAGCCAAUUACCAAGCAGCAGUUUGGAAGCGAUCUACAUGCUCCAGUAUUGAUGCUCCAAGCCCAGCUAAUCACG